AUGGAAAAUGAUGUCAAUGCUGAAUUCCCAUAUACUGGCGAUAAAGAAUAUGAUGAAGUUGUUAAAGCAUUUUAUGUAAUAAGGGGCGUAUCAUUUUCAAUUUUAUUCAUUUUAAAUUUAUUUCAAACCUAUUUUGAAUUUAGGUCAUUAUAUAGAAAAGGAAGGAAACCAACACCAAGAUUUUUUACAUUUGUUAGUAUUACAUUGUUUCCAUUAUGUAGAGGUAUCCAAUCAUUUUUAGCAUUAGGUUUUCAUAACUCUAGAACUGGUAGUCCAAGUUGGUAUUUGGUAAUAUGGGGAACUUUGUUUUUAUCAACUGAAUGGAUUUUUAUUGGUUGUUUUUGGGUUAGAUUAUUAUAUACAUUUUUUUCAAGUAAAAAGAUAGCAUUGGGUAAUAUUAAAAAAACAUGGUAUUCAGCAUGGGGAAUUGUAGUGAUAUUAUUUGCAUGGAAUACAAUUUUAAUGAUAUUAAUUAGUCAAUAUGAUUCACAAUAUGUUGCAUCAAUUAGUGGGAAAGGAUUUAUUUGUAUGGUUGCAUUGUUGGGUACAUUUUUAAUUAUAAAUGGAUUCUUUUUAAUUAAAAAUUUAAGAAAACAAGAUAAGAAAUCUAAAACAUUUCAAAAAACAAUUGCAAGAACUAUAAGAUUAUCAUUGAUUUUAAUUUUCAUUGUUUUAGGAUUAAUUGUUAGAGAGAUUGUUGUAGCGAUUUCAAAGAUUUCAACACACUCAAAUUAUCGUUAUGCUGCAAUUUUCGUUACAUUCAUAUUGGAAUUCCCACAAUGUAUAGUUGUGAUGGUUGCAUUGGCUGAUGAUGGCACUCAUUGGAAAAAUUACUUUUUAUUUCAAAAAGUUGCAAAAGAUUCAAAUUCUAGUGCAGGUUCACUUAAUGAUUCAAAUAGUAAUAUUAAAAAUUCUGGUGCAAAUUUAGAAAUUGAUUUAAGUUCAUUCAAUGUUGAUAAUGAAAGUUCAAGUGUAAGUAAAUCAAAAUAUUCUCAACAACAACUUAAAUCUGAAUAUUCAAGUAGACAAAAUUCUCAAAAUCCUGUAAUUUUAUCACAACCAAAUGUUUCAAUAUCAAUAUCAACAAAUAGUGAACAACCAUUACAACAAUCUCAACAACCUUUAGAUGAUAGUCAAACUAUUGAUAUUAAUAAUAAUAAUGAUUAA